AUGUCUGAAAAAAUUCUGACUAUUCAGGCUACAACUAUGAUGCUAUCUCAGCCUCAAGCGUCACAUCCUCGAGUCAAUCAGAAGUUCCUGUGUCUACACCCCGAGGACGCUGGGCAAGUGUCGGCUUGUGCCGAGCUCCAGACUCCUGAGUUUCUGGAUCGGAGUCUGGUCCGUUCAUCCCGACUGUCGAAAGCAGCUUCUCACGUCUUCAAGAACUCAACAACGGGCGCCAGUCAAUCGCAUCGUUCACAAGGGAAGAAAAACAAAUCUCAGCGUCUCCCCACAGCCAAGGCUGGGUCUUCUCAAAUGCUAUAUCUUCGAGUCAAUCGGAAGUUCCUGUGUCUACUCUCUGCCCCAACGGCUGAUCAGCCCGGCCCUCAGCCAAUGCCCCCUCCAGGGACAACUGGGAACCUGAACGUUAUCAUCGCUAAUCUCCCCGACCUAAUUCCAUUCGCUGGCGACACUGUGGAUUGGCUCAUCCACAUAGCAAGGCUUAUUUUCGAGCCACUCGGCACGAGCUCCCUCUACACCUUCACUACCGAAUCACUCGAAUGGUGGUUGGACAGGGAGAUGGAACCGUCACAAUGGAGGAAAGUGGCGCAUGGAGAGCCGCUGAGGGCCACCAUAUACGAGUAUCGCUCUGACAAUGACACUCCAAUAACGCUCACGAGGAUGAGCCUUCGUCCUACGAGGUCGGUGACAAUUGAGACAUCAGAACCUCCAGCAACGACGUUCCGGGGCGCACUACUCCGACGCGACCGGGCUUGCAUUGUCUCACAACUUGAAUUGGAGAGCAUACUAUAUGCGUCUCACUUAAUCCCGAGGCGUCUAGGUGAUUUUGGUGUCCAAUCUGUUACGGAAUGCUUUCUCGGUUCGUCCACCAUAGUGGACAGAUUCGAUCCUAUCGUGGGGGUGCUUCUUCUCCCAACGCUAGAUGCAUUAGCAAGUCAUUACAAGUUGGGGUUCUGGAACACCGGGCCUGACCAAUAUGUUGUCCACCUUUUUUUCGACAUGCCUCUGAAUUAUUCUGGUGGACCGCCAACCCCUGGUGUACCAGAGCUACAUGGUCACCAGAUUUCCCUCAACACGCACGACCCCUCAUUGCCCCUCCCACCGGUUGGUGUGUUUAACUGGCACUACAUGCAAGAAUACGGUGCCUAUUCCAGCGACGACGACGAGAGUGUCGUCGACUUUGACAAUGAAAGAAACAUCACGGAUCCGCCUUAUCCUUCUUACCUUUGGGAGCUUUCUGAGUUGAGGGAGCGUCAGCGAGUGGAGGGACUAGAGCGCGAUCGCGACAUUGCAACAUGGAGCUCUGCUGUCUCUGGCAGUUGA